CCUGCAAGUCUUUAUAAGAACAGAGGCACAAGUGGUCGCCUCUUAUUACAAGUGCUGCAUGUGAGCUGUGAAAUCUCCCCCCUGCCUGCUGCAGUGGCACUGAGAUGUAGCAGAGCCGGAUCGGUUGGAAAAGGGGGGGUCUGAGCUUUCUGACAACUCACUGGGUUGAGAGAAUGAAGUGGGUUGACCCUCAGCCCCGUAGAAAACCUUGCCUAUUAGUUGUACUUGAGGCGCCGCCGCUGUCAGAUUCCCGAUGCCUCCAUCGCCUCUGGACGACGCGGUGAUUGUGGCAAUAUCCAGACCCGUGAGACCACAAGAGCUUAACCUCUGCCUGGACCCUUCCUGCGGUGACAGCGCCUCCGUGAGCGGCAGCUGCAGAUCUUUGCUCAGCGCAAGCGUAGUGUCCCUCAACGCUGCUAAUCUGACGUAUAUGCCCUCUUCCAACAGCUCUGCUCGCUCUUUGGGUUGCGGAUGUAGCAGUGCCAGCUGUUGCAGUGUGGCAGCGUACGAAAAAGACACUCAGAGUCAGACUAUCAGCAGUACCACAAUCACCAGCAGUGCCGCCGGACCCUCCAGCUCCACUUGCCCUCCCAACCCAAUGGUCAACAACAAUGAGAACACCGGCGCGUUAAGUCCAUCCGGUGAGGUUGGCAGCCCCGCGUCCACCAUCACCACCAAACAGUUUGCCAACGUCAAGAUCAUCUAUCCUAAUGACCUGGCCAAGAAGAUAGCAAAAUGCAGCAAAACCCAUCUGCCCAACCAAGGGCCCGUGAUCAUUGACUGCAGACCCUUCAUGGAGUACAACAAAAGCCAUAUCCAAGGGGCCGUUCACAUUAAUUGCUCCGAUAAGAUCAGCCGGAGGAGGCUUCAGCAGGGGAAGAUCACGGUGUUGGAUUUAAUAUCGUGCAGGGAAGGCAAGGACUCGUUCAAGAGGAUAUUUUCCAAAGAGAUCAUCGUGUAUGAUGAUAAUACCAAUGAGCCGAGCCGGGUCAUACCACCCCAGCCGCUCCAUACCGUUCUAGAGUCGCUGAAGCGGGAAGGGAAGGAACCUCUGGUGCUCAAAGGUGGCCUCAGCAGUUUCAAACAGAACCAUGAAAACCUGUGUGACAACUCCCUCCAACUCCAAGACUGCUCAGACGGAGGCGGGGCGUCGGCGGUGACCAUUACACUACCUCAGUCCGUCCCCAGCACCCCGGACAUUGAGAACGCAGAACUGACCUCCAUUCUACCCUUCCUCUUCCUCGGAAACGAACACGAUGCCCAAGAUUUGGAAAAGAUGCAGAGGAUGAACAUCGGAUACAUCGUUAAUGUCACCACACACCUGCCACUCUAUCACUACGAGAAAAGUGUCUUUAACUACAAACGUCUACCAGCAACGGACAGCAACAAGCAGAACCUCAGGCAGUACUUUGAAGAGGCGUUCGAAUUCAUAGAGGAAGCUCACCAAUGCGGGAAAGGCCUUCUUAUCCAUUGCCAAGCAGGCGUCUCUCGCUCCGCCACCAUUGUGAUUGCCUACCUAAUGAAGCACACACGGAUGACCAUGACCGAUGCCUACAAGUUCGUCAAAGGAAAGCGACCAAUCAUAUCUCCAAAUCUCAACUUUAUGGGACAAUUACUGGAGUUUGAGGAAGACUUAAAUAACGGGAUAACACCGAGGAUUCUCACACCAAAGCUAAUCGGAGUGGAGACUGUGGUGUAGCAAAAAUUUUAUAAAUAGCUGAGAAAUAUUUUUCAAAAACAUCAACCAGAUGAAAACAACAUAAAAAAAAAAAUCUGUGGAAGGACGGUAAUAUUUUUGGUAAAUUUUUGAGGAUAGAAAAAAAAAGUCAUGAUCAUCCGUAGUCUGUGCAGGUUCAUAGACUAAGGAGAGCAAUGUUGUCAGGAAUUCAUCUACUGUGUAAGAAGCGUACCUUGAGACUAUAUCUCCAAAGACAGACAGCGAUGAUGAAAAAGUAAAAAACAAACACAAAAAAAAAAACUCAAUCGGCCAUAAUAAUAAUAAUAAAAAUAAUAAUCAUAUGGCCAGAAUAGAAAGGGUUAAUUUUUGGGUGCGUUAUGUUAUAUUUUUGUAUUUGGGCUAAUACGGUUUCAUCGACAAAGACCUUGACCAUUACUUGCCCUCAGCGGCUUAAUGUGCAAUAAUUUUGUUUUGAGUGUGAGAAUUGUUAGAGUUGAUUGAAUGUUUUAAGUGUGAAUCUACACAUAGUGGUGGCGGCCAUUUUGUUGGAUGGUACCAUGUUUUUUUUUAGAGUCCAUGAGGCACCAUACCACCAAACUUUCCUUUUUUCGUGGGAUUGUCCGGUGUGAAGGACCUUAAAGAGGUUGUCCAAGGGCACUUCCUUUUUAAAUUCCACCCUGCCAGACCUGUGAAGGAAAGUAUACUUACCUGCUCCCCCAUGGUCAGUUCUGGCUCUGUGAGUCCCGACCUGUCUUCACAGCACUUCCGUUCUCCGGCAUGUAAACUUUGUGUAUGAUGGGGUCCAUGAUUGGCCUCAGUCAGGGGCAUAGCUAUAGGGGAAGCAUGGAAAGCGCUGCUUUGGGGCUGGAACUCCAAAAGGGUCCACCCAGAAGGAGGACUAAAAGAUUUUUAUUGUCAGGGCCCCCUCAACAGGCCUGUCCGGCCUCGUCUGAGAGCGUGGUCUUGCCUAGCCACAGAAGUGGGGUUGCACGGGAGGAGGGGGUUGUGAAGAAGUUGCUGGGGGGGGGGUGUGGCCCAUUCAAAAAUUUGCUGUGGGGCUUAGGCAUUUCAAGUAACGCCAGUGGCCUCAGUAGUAACGUGUCCCCAGAUGGGAGGUCACUGCUGCUUGUGGAUACGUCAGUGAGGGGGCCAUCCAUGCAGAAAGUUUACAGGCAGGGACUGGUAGUGCCAUGAAGACAGGUCCAGACCCACAGGGCCAGAACCAUGCUUUGGGGUUUAGGUAAGUAUGCUUUCCUUCACAGGUCCGGCAGGGUGGGGGAGAAUUUUCGGAAAAUUAUCAAUGUUGGACAAGUGCUUUAAAGGGCUGGGUUUUAUCCACUUGUGCCCGAAAAUGGGCAUUUCUUGGAAGUUUAUUGGAACCUGAAAUGAAGGUCCCAUGAACAGGGAUUCCGAUGUUGGGAGGUGUGGUUUCACUUGUCCGGCCUAUAAAAUGGCGCUGUCCACUAUGUCUAUGAGACAGGUCCACUUAAAGUGGUGAAAAGCGCCAGCACUGAGACAGAGGUAUAGAAAAGCAAUUAUUAUUCUAUAUAUUUUUGUUUUCAUUUGAAUCUGGUAACGGUGCCAUAAACCUUGUUAAAUAUGUAUAUCAGAAUGUAAAAAUAAGAGGUUUUAUUUUAACUAUUUUUUGCACAAAAAUAUAGGCGUGUUCCUGUGGUCUGUGUAAAAUGUCAUUUUGACUAUAAAACCGGCAGAAAGUUAUUUUAA